GCAUGAUUCUUCAUCAAUUAGUGUAAUUCGGAAUCAAAUAAUCUUCACACAAAAUUAUCAUAAUCAUCGGGUGUAAAAAUGGAGCGAACAUUAUCAUCGACAAAUUGGAAUAGAAAAUUUAAUUGUUCCGAACAACGACAACGAUCAUCAAUUCAUAUUGUAAAUUAUUUAAUAGUGAUAAUUAUUAGUUUUAUUCUCAUUAGUCAUGGAAUUAAUUCAGUGAUGGGAAAGAUUAGAUAUUUUGAUACAAAUAGUUUAUUUGAACAAAAUUAUGUUCACUCAACGACAUCAACAAGUGCUUCUGAUGAUGAUGAUACGGAUUAUUCGGCCCUAUUUUCAGAUACAUCACCACAACUUUCACUAUUUAAUAUUCACAAGAUUAUUUCAGCGAGAUUUGUCUUUUCAAAAUUUAACGAGUUUAUUUAUUUACCAUCGAAAUCUAAUUCUACAAUGGUGUUUUACUUUUUGACAGUUCUUAAAGAUGGAUUUGUCAAAAUUGAUUGUGAUGGUGUUAUUAACACAAAGGAUUCAACAAUUUCAAGUACACUUGUAGUUGGAAAAUAUAAUUUGGAAGAAGAAAAAGUUGUUUGGGCUGCCAAGCAAGAAAUUCAAUACUUUUUCGGUAAACCAUUUGCAUACGUAACAGAAAAAGAUGAGAUUAUUAUCAGUUGUAAUAUCAAAGAUGAUCAAGGUAUUUUCUCAAAAAAGUUCUUUUCAGUGAAUGGUGUAUCAACAAAACAACCUUCAUUCGUCAACAAGAAUACUGCACGAGAAGUCAACAUUGUCAUGGAAGGUAGUAUUGAUCGAUUUUCUACUAUUGGUAAUCAAAGUGAAGGGUUUUUAGUGUUUGGUGCUAAAAAUUUGAGAAAAACAAACUCUCUUUACGAUUCUAAAAAGGAGACUUUGCAUUUAGAAACAUCUGUUAUGGCUUCUUUUUAUGCUGAUGGAUCACCUAGAUGGAAUGUGAAAUUAGUUUAUGGAAAUAUUGAGUUUUUUGAGCUUCUUUCAGUUAAAGUAGUUAGUUUAUCAAAUAACACUAUACCCAUUGUUGCUUGCUUUAAUUAUCUUGGAAGUGGCAGCCUAAAAACUUUUGAGAGCCUUCAGGAUACCUUUGUAGCACAAACAGAUUCAGGAUUCGAAAAUACUAAUUUCAGACUUUUUUCAAAGUACUUUUCAGCUGGAGUUUAUAGUAUUUCUGAAACAGGGGUGUUUUCAGAACUAUUUUCAUUAAGAGCUUAUCCUACAGGUGAUUCAACAAGUGCCAACAUUCUUGUUAAAGGGUUUUACUAUGACAAGGACAAGAAAAUCUACAUUUUAUUAAUUUAUAUGAAAGGAUAUCUUACUUUUUCUAAAACCAGUCAUGGAGGAUCCAAUAUGGAAGGAAAUAUAAUUUACACAUCUACCAACAGAACUGGAGAUUAUAUUCUUGUGAAAUAUACUGAGGGAGGUACUCCAGUAUGCGUUCCUACAUCAUACAUUGGUGAUGAUCCUAUUGUAACUACAAAUUAUUUUAUCAAUAAGAGAGUUUCUAUUGAAUCCUACAAUAGUUCAAAGCUGCAUUUGGAAGUGAUAGAUAUUGAAACAGGAACUAUCAGGGAUAAUUUGGCAAUUGACAUUCAAUCCGAAGACCCGUAUGGCAUUCAGUACGAAUUAUUUUAUGAAAAGAGAAGAUAUUUAAUUGUAAGAGGAACAACUCAAAAUAAUGGAACAAUAUUAAUUAAUAACAAGUUUUAUGUAAAGCCAUCAAAGGGUCAGUCAGAAUUGGUAUUUGUUCUGUACUUGAAUACUCACCCAGAAUAUGGUAAACGUGAAUUGGAAUGUGAUCAACAACUCAAAUGCAGAGCGAAUGCAAAUGACAAGAUUUGUCAAGCACAUGGUAUUUGUAAUAUGGAACAAAAAUGUGAAUGUGAUGAAUUCUAUAUGGGAGAUUUUUGUGAAACAUAUUAUAGAAAUACUUUUAUAGCAGUUAUGGCAACUGUAGGAGUCAUAUUGAUUACUCUGACAGGAAGUGUUUUAACAGGCAUCGGAAUGUAUGCUUACAGAACAAUAGCUAAACGUCUAAAGCGUUUGCAGAGCAAGGUUAAGGCUGAACAAGAAUUGGAACAAAAAUUAUUGGAAUUUGUUGGACUUAAUAUUAACGAAACUACGUUUAAUUUCAAAACAUGGCUCAUUCCAUUCGAACAAUUAACAAUUGACAGAGAAAUUGCUAGCUCUAAUGGAAGAACAAUUUUCCAAGGCUCAUGGAAAGGAACAUCUGUUGCCAUUAAGAAGGUUAGACUAGAAGAUUCCUUUGAUUACCAUGAGGAUACUAAGGAAUUGAACCUGGAUAAAACAUUGGAAAGAGAAGCAGCCAUUUUGAGUAGAGUUAGACAUCCUAAUAUUUUGAGAUUCUGGGGUUUGGCAUUUACUCAAACUGAACAAUUUUUAGUGAGUGAGUUAUUUACCUUGAGUAUGGAUCAAAUUAUUGAUGAGGCAAAAAGAGGAGAUCUCUACAUUCCAAUCCUUUGUAAACUUCAAAUUCUACACGAUAUUGCAUGUUCAAUGACCUAUUUACAUGAAUUUGAUCCUCCAAUUCUUCACAGAAAUUUAAAACCAUCCAAUAUUAUGUUGAGUGAAGACGUCAGAUAUGGAAAAAUACUUUCUGCUGUAAAGCCAAAAAUCGCUGACUUUGGAUUGUCUACACACUUGAGAGAAGAUAAUGUUCUUACGAUGCAAAUCGGUAAUGUUCUAUACUCAGAUCCUCUCAUCUUUAAGGGUGAAAGAUAUUCUGAAAAGUGUGAUGUUUACAGUUUCUCAAUGAUAAUGUACGAAAUGUUUUUUGAAACAGAACCAUACAAAACUUCAGAUAAGGUUGGAGAAAUUAAGGAAAAUUAUAAUCAAUACUCAGUUCUUCCAAACAAGAUAUCUGAAGGGUACAGACCAAAGAUUCCUUUCACAAAAACUCUUGAAUCGAUUGGUGAUUGGAUGGAAUCUAAUUUAGAGUUAAUCAAUGAACGAAUUACAGAUCCAGAAAAUUUAGCAAAAUGCAUCCAAUCCUAUUCUGAACUAAUGAAGAAAUGUUGGUCUGGUGAUCAAGAUGAAAGACCUUCUUUCCGUGCCAUCCAAGUUUCUAUCCAGCAAAUUAUCAAAGCUUUGGAAAUUAAAUAAUAAUAUAUUU